AUGGUCGUUUGCAUCGUCAUUAUAACGACAGUGCUGAUUGCUAUACUCAAUGACAAUAAUAUUCCCAUGUCAUUUUCCUAUGCGGAAAAAUAUCCCAAAUUUAGAAUUUCAGAUGCCACAAAGACCAAGGAAGAUUCUGCAAAUAAUAAAUUCCAAAGUUUGGCUUUGGUGGAAAAUGAUAAAUACAGGAAACAUACAAAGAAAAUCAAAACCCCUAGAAGGAAGAGCUAUCGACCAGGGGAAAAUUCAUUUUCCCCAGGUGCACGACUUCCCAAUACAGUGAAAGAAACAAAAAUAAAAACUUGCAAACAAAAUAGAACUCAUUCUUUCCUCUAUCUCAGCGGCCUACACAGUGAUCCACGAUUACAUAUCGACUUUAAAAGAAAAAAGUUCGUUUAUAAGAUCCAGCUUGACUACCCUACAUGGAAAGUUUCUAUCUGGUCGACUGCAGAAUAUUGUCACGCCGAAGGUUGGAUCAGCAACACAAAGAGUGCAAGAAACACAUAUGUGGUAGGCCUCUCAAAGCAAACGAAGAUCCCGAUAUAUGUAGCUGACAGAAGUGUGACUCAACCAAUCAAAGUUAAAACAGCUCAAUACACUUUGAUUCUUACUCGACGAAGUCGGGGUGAACGCGGGGCGUUUCCCGAAAAAGUCAAUCAUAACGUAUGUCUAAUGAGGCAAGAGUGUGACAGAAUGAUUUUUCCAAAAGAGCCAUGCGGACUGCAGGCAACUGGUAAUGACUCUUGGAACACGAUAAAGACACGAAACGCCAAGCUACCAGAAUGUGAGUCUGGAAACGUGCCAGGAGCCUGGUUGGUACCAUGUGCGGACUGUUCUGAUGCUAACAGUUGCUAUUGGAAACAGGCAGUAUGGCAGCCUAACAAAUGCAGUCACCAUAGGCCAUCACUUAAGUUGGCACAACGCAGCUACGAUGGAAAAAAUAUUCUCUUCCUCGGGGACUCGACUCUACGUAGAAUAAUGUACUAUAUGAUGGAAUAUAUCAAUGGCAGUCUUACGGAAUGGAGGCUGUCUCAUAGUUCUCUUGUGUAUAGCAACAUUAACGGUGGACGCACGCACAUUAGUUUUCUUUACUAUCCCAGCCUUCAAAAACAUUCGUCACCUAUCAACAAAGCUCUGAAAACACUUGUGAAAAUUUCACACCCUGUUAGAAAUUCUAGCAGUACUGUGCUAGUUGUGGGACGGUAUAGGAAUAUUGAUAAGAGUGACUUUCCGCUCCUGAUGUCCACACUGAAAGAGUUGGGAUUGACUGGGAUUAAGUUAAUUAUGAAGACAAUGGGUGCGAACAGGUGUGAGGACAUAGCUAAAGAUAUCAUGAGGAAUGCUGCUCUCAAUGCAAUUGCUCAACGUAAUGGAUUCGAAAUCCUACAAGUUUUUCCUAUCAUUCUGGGAAUGUAUAAAGAUGUAACUUAUGGGCGAUGUGCAUUGCCGCAAGAAAGAGGGUCGAAAAUUAAGAAGUUACCAUGUCAACGGUGAUGUCGUGUCAGCCUACUCCGACAUAUUUAUAACCAUGCUACAUAGACAUUGGACAAGUAGAGCUAUAACA